ACUAUACGAGUACAAUCGAAGCCCUAUCGAUGUAAACAAAUUAUACCCAUUUGUCUAGUGUGUUGUGCCGCAUGCAACUGCAAUGGUUUAUAAAUAAAGAGUGUUUUCAACCAGUUUAACGGAGAUUUAAGGUCGUUCGUGCACCAUAUUGCUCUUUGUUUAAAAUUAAUUAAAUCGCAGAACAUAUUGUGUGCAAAACGAUAACAUAGACCGUGCGUAUUGUGGAGGCACGAAUAUGUUUAAUCAAAUGACUAGGUGUCAUGUCAUUAGUGAGCGGGACGGAGAUAUGCGUGUACCGGCGCGUGCGAGCGGAGCGCGAAGUGUAGCAACAAGUAGCGGGCGCGGGCGCGAGGCGCGGGGACGCGUUAUCGUGUCCGUGACGUCAAGACCCUUUCACUGUCCGAAGUUGUGUUCUGGCGUCUGAGACUUCAGUCCGCGCGGCUCGGUCACAGCGUGAGCACGUCUCGCGCCUAGUGUUCCUAAACUAUACCGACUCACGCGUCACUCGCUCUAACAAUACGUAAAGAAUAUCGAAGCCAACUCUUGUCAGGAACGACAGUACGCACGCAAACGGCCCGCUCGGUCCUUCGUGUGUUCCGCUCCUGCCAGCUUGGAUCUCCCCCUGACAGCAUCAGCUCCACCAUGGGCGUCAUCAAAGUGAGCCCCGACACCGCGGCCCUGUACUCGGCCUGCGACAUGCUCGACGACAUGAAGAGCGAGUCGAGCUACACUUCAUCAGAGGAGGGUUGCGGUGGUGGUGAACGCCAUGCCGUUCUCAGCUACGAGCAAGUCUCGAGACUUAACGAUGUCAUGGACGAAGUGGUGGCUAUCCACGGACGUGGCAACUUCCCCACGCUUCAUGUGCGCCUGCGCGAGCUGGUGGCGGGCGUGCGCGCGCGCCUGGAGGCCCCGCAGACUGCGGGCGGCGCCGGGGUCAACGUGCGGGACGUGCGCCUCAACGGCGGCGCCGCCAGCCACGUGCUGGCCGACAGGCCCCAACCCUACUCCGACAUCGACCUCAUCUUCACCGCAGAGCUACCCACCGCUCGCCACUGUGACCGUGUCAAGGCCGCCGUCCUGGGCCAUCUGUCCACACUCAUGCCGCCUGCUACGCCACGUCGACGCGCUUCUCCCGCUGGCCUCAAGGAGGCCUACGUCUCCAAGAUGGUCCGCGUGAACUCCGAUGGCGACCGCUGGUCCCUGAUAUCGCUCGGAAACUCUCGCGGCCACAAAUCCGUCGAGCUCAAGUUCGUUGACACGAUGCGUCGCCAGUUCGAGUUUUCGGUGGACUCAUUCCAAAUCGCGUUGGACUCGCUGCUCGCAUUCCACGAGUGCGCUCAGCUGCCUAUUGGCGAGAACUUCUACCCAACCGUCGUCGGCGAGUCCGUUUAUGGCGACUUCAACGAAGCCCUGCUUCACCUUGCCGAGAAGCUGAUCGCGACGCGGCAGCCUGAGGAAAUCCGCGGCGGCGGGCUUCUCAAAUACUGCGCCCUCCUCGCAAAGGGCUACCGGCCGGCGCGGCCAGACAAAAUUAAAACCCUUGAGCGAUACAUGUGCUCAAGGUUCUUCAUCGACUUCCCGGAGCUUGGGCAACAACGCGCCAAGCUCGAGGCCUACCUUCGGAACCAUUUCGUCGGCAGGGAGGAAGAGGCGCUCAAGCAUAGGUACCUGACCCUGCUGCACGGCGUGGUGCGUGAGUCCACGGUGUGCCUGAUGGGGCACGAGCGGCGGCAGACGCUGGCGCUGAUCGAGGCGCUGGCGUGCCGCGAGCUGUGCGCGCGCGCGCCGCUGCUGCUGGCGCCGCCGUACUACGUGUGCGUGUGCGCGGCCUGCGCGGCCUGCCCCGGCUGCGCCGCCGCCAGCGCGGGCGCGUGUCCCGGCUGCGCGCAGUGCGCGCCGCCCGCGCCCUACUGCGAGUGCUGCCGCGCGGCCUCCUGCCCGGCGUGACCGCAGCCCGCCAGCGACCGACGAUGAAUUUAGUGCCAAAUGUAUAUAAUACGAAUAACAAAAAUGUAUGUACGCGUAGGAGCGGGCGGCGGCGCCCCGCGUCACGUUGCUCACUGUCCGCCGAUCAAUUCGCUCGUCAAUUGUCCCCCGCGGGCCGGCUCGCGGCCGCCCGGCUCGCCGGUACGUGUACGGUACGUGAAGUAAUUUCUAGUCGUACUCCUUUCGUGUUGAUAAGUUAAUAUGUCAGCAGUACGAAAAUUAUCGUUCACGUGGAUUGUGACGGACGCGCCGCUAGAUAGUGAGGCCGAGUCGAUGGUCUGCCUAUAUAAAAGACUAGUUAGUUAUUUUUAAGCUUUUAUGUAUAGAAGUCGUCUCCAUAAAAGUAGUGGCAUGUCUCUCGCCGUCGAAAUAUCCCGGAGAAGCGAACGGUCGGAUACGAGUUUUAUUGCUAAUUAAGUGAGAAAAUUAGUCGCGAGAAAGGAUGACCGGUUCCCUUGAACGACGGCUUGCGAAGGAACAGCAGUCCAGCCUGUCGCGAGGCAGAGAUCACGAACGCAGCAGCGGUGCCUCCGCUCCUAACUCACACACGUAAACAACUAUUUUAAUAUGUAUUUAUCAAUCAGAAAGGAUGUAUGUAUACAAUCACACGUUCCGUGAUCGCUCUAGUAUUGUAUACGGCUUGGCGUACGAGUAACAAAUUAAGAUACACGUAGAAAAAUAUAAAACGAUAAAAAAAGUAAAAAACCCAAAAAAAUAAUAUUACUAAGGUGUGUACAAUAUUAAAGUUCACGCUUUUUUUAAUAAUAAUAAAAAUACCAUUAUAGAAAUAUUUUAAGAACAUUUACAAGUAGUGAAGUCACGUUUAGUAACACAGUACUUAUGAACAUUUUUUUACUAGUAACUCAUCAAUUGCAGUUUAUAUUACGAGCUGUAGAUGUAUGGGAAAAUGUGAUUUAAUUGUUGUAUUAAUUAACCAUGUUGUCGACGAUUAUAUUAUCUACUUACAUAACAUUAUGUAGAUUAAAUCCAAUAGAGAGAUAUAUUAUUAUUGUUGUAUUUUAAUGAGAUAUAGAAUAUAUGAACGAUGGUGUAAACAGUGUCCGGCCAACACGUGAAUGUGUUAGAUAUUUUGCCAAAUGCAUAUUCAGAGUAAUAUUAUAUAUGUAUACAUUGCAUGGAACUAAGUAGGCUUUCACUAAGCAGUUGCUAUGUAGUAUGUCGAGUAGCGGAAGAUGUAUCCGAAGUAAUCAAGUACAAUCAUCUAAUAGGGUUAACUUUUAUUGUUGACUUCGGAACAAUCUAUCGAGUUUAUGAACGAAUUUUUCCCGAUUUGCUCACUGUCGAACCAAAAUUUUAAGAUCUCAUUUUUUUUUUACUCUUCAAAAAUACUUUUGGGAUUGUAAUGUUUUAUUGUGAACACUUUAACUGUUAUCAAUGGAUUUUAUCUUCGCCAUACGUCAUGUUUGUGACUUCGAGAUAAACUUGAUAUAUGUUAAACCUGUCCAGUGCUCCGUUCCACUCGUGGGAGAGACUUGUGCUGGCACGCGGGUUUGUCUCGCAACAUUUUCUCAAUUGAAUCUGAACGAAAUCUUGCUCUAGAAGGAAAUUUUUGGAACGAGAACGUCUCGAAACAAACAAUCAUGAGUGCAACGGAACACGGUAACCUUAAAAUUAGAAAUAGUACGCAGUCGUCUGUACUUAGAAAUAAAUGAAGUACAUAAACAUAGUUAACUGAAUCUAAACUUUAUUCCAUAUGUAAUAAGAGUGAAUGUAAGUUAAUUAUCACUAGUGUUACUUGCUAUAUCGAGACAGGCGUCUAAGUUGUGAUUUGUAGUCUUUUCGACAGGUAUUUUAAAUGUCAUUCUAUAUGUCAGUAUAUUUAUGAUAAACAACUGUGAUUGUUAUAUCUAUAUUGUAAACAGCUAUUGGCAAGAUCCGUUAAGAACUACCUCCUCGCGUGAAUAAAAACUAUAUUCGAUGGUAUAUUUUUUUGUGAUUUUUCUCUCUAGGCUAUCGAAAAAAUUAUGUAGGUAUAUUAGCGUAGGAAUAUACCAGUUAAUAUCCAGUCUUUGUAAAGUCCUUGAAGACAUAGUUUUAUAACGUUAGACAUUUUUACAUAGCCAACUCUGAAACGCUUCCUACAUAGCAUAAUAUUAUAGCAUCUACAUAGUUUUUUCUUUAGUCUGUGACGUCACUAUUUCGGAUAAUGGAAUGCUGUCUCUAAACUCUACAUAUGAGGAUGGCUUAACAAUUCGAAGGCAGUGUAACGUCGCGAGGGAUUCUUGUUAGCUUGUAAAGCUCUUCCAUGCAACCACUGUUACGUGGCUCAACGCUUUCAUACAACGGUCUAAUAUUUCGAAAUUUUUAGCAAAGAGAGACAUUGCAAUGUAGCUUAGGGUUUUUUUUUUUCUAAAGUUACCAUCAGUUUUCAGCUAGCCUUAUUUUAUAAUUAUUAUUUUUUAAUUUUUAAUGAGCACUGGUCAAAAGGCGUUUGCGUGCGAUAGUUGAGUGUAUGUUUAAUAUAUGUAUAUAUUGUUGGAUAAUAGUUUUCUGUUGGAGAUAUUUAUUUUAAGAUAUAAUGUAAAUCCAAGUAAUGUACUUAACUUUAAGAAAUUGGAUUAAAAAAAUAUAAAAAGCUCUGCUCAGAAUAAGUAUCUCUAGUAAAGUAAAGUUUGGCUUCGUGUAGUUUUUUGUUUUCAAAGUAUUCUAAAAAUAUAACAUCAUCUUGGAUUUUACAAACUUUUGUUAAAUUUUAAUAAUAUGUUACAAAAAUGUUACCAAAUGCUUCAUGAUAUGAAACGUGACAUGACUCUUAAAAACUUGGCAUUAAUUUAACAACAUUAUUGAUACAACUGGCAUUUGUUUAUAUUUUGCAUUCGCUAUUUUGUAAUUUAAAUUAAGGCGAUAUGUCAAGCACCUACUGAUACAUACUUACCUACGUUUUAACAUCUUGUUGAUAUAGUAGAUGGGUGUUAUUAAGAGUAGCAAAAAGAACGUAUUUGUGUGAAUUCAAGAAUGUUAUUCAUUUCAUAACCAUGGCGUAUAAUGUGACGAAAAAUAUUAAAUAAUUUCAAAGAUAAAACGAUGAACCUUUGUAACCUUUUUGUUUGUAUUUCGAUAAAAAUGCAAAAAUGUUUACGAUAAAUUAGUGAAUUAGAAUUGAAAACUAGAAGCAUUUACUUGUCUGUUUUGCGUUGGUACUAAGAUCUAGUUAUAUAUUCAAGAACCCAAAUAAAAAAACUUUAAGAAAAAAGAAAAGUACAUUAAUCUGUUGGCCUAAUGAAAAUAUAACAAGGUUUUAUGUGUUUAAAGUUCUUGUGGAGAUGCACGCAAACGCCGAAAUAAAAAGCGAUGUUUUGUAGAUAUGGUGGUCUUGACAAUUAGCAGCGGUGUGGCUUAUUAAUAAUACUGUUUAUGUGUUAAAUACUUGAAUUACUGUUAAAAAAUUAUACCUGAAAAAUAUUUCCAUAAAAACAAUGAAACAAAAGGAAAAUUGCUCUACAUUAUAUUUUUAACAGCGUAAUAGUGCGUAACCAAUUUCGAUUAAACUCUAUAGAAACAUCCAAUAGGAAGCAAUUCACUAACAGAACACGUUCAGGACAUACAAAUUAUUAAUUACAACAAAAUUGCAGUCGUAAUUACUGAAUACUAACGCUGUAAGAGUCAUAACCUGGAAGUACUUGCGUGAACGCAAUGAGUUACUCAUGAAACGGUGUUCCGUGUGUUCCUUGAAUACCCCCCUUGACUUUAUGGUAUUUUUUUUCUAUUUUUUAAUUUGAUCUGUGAAAUAAGUCAUACAGUAACUCAAGUCUGCUUGUUAAAUAAACUAGGAUGUCGCAGUUGUGAAAGCGAGAUAGUGUUACGUGCAGGGCGUUGUCCCGCUUGCACAAUCACAGCAAUUCUGGUUUAAGAGUUGUUGGGACAGGAGGCCUGUCAUCACGUCUUAUAGUAAUAUUCUUGCGGGUGUGGAUGAGACAUGUCGCUCUACACCGUGUACUGCUCAGUUCUUUCCAGAACCACUUUAUUAUUACUUUAAGUCGUGAUGGCAGACCUCCAGGACAUCCAAUGACGCUACACAGCCACACAGCUGGUCCUUGGUCGGCCGCCACGUCUACGAGCUCGCCGUGUCGCGUCUCUCGCUCAUAUGUUAAAAGCGAACGCUCGACACACCGACUCUCUAGCAUAGGGGUUGUUAGGCCUUACCUUAUAUAAGCUUAUUGUUAGGUUAUAUCAAGUAUAUUUACAUUAUAGUUAUUAUUUUUUUCUUUCUCUUCCAUGUUGCCUGUUUCGUGUCACACGAAUAGCGACGAUGUGUUGUUACGAUACAUAAUUACUAUUAUAUUUGUGAGGAGUUUUAAGCUAUUGUAAAUUUUACAGAAAUAAAAAAUGUUGUGAAAAUAAAUUAUAAAAAAGUGAUAUAAACAGUGA